GCUAACUGGAAAUUUGACGUUGUUCUUUUUUUGCUCUCAAAGCUUGCCACGUUGACCAAAAAGGUCAUGAGCCCUGGGGAGGGAGCUUCGAAAUGCAUUAAUAAGCUUGUGCAGGUUCUCUUUUUUGCUGCAGCAAAGUACUUGGUCGGCUUCUUGCUCAAGCUCUUUUCGUAGGUCUCCAUGUGUAGUGAAGAUGGGCGAUGAUGUGCGGCUAGGCUGGUGAGGCUGGCUUCUUGAUGGCAGGCCAUGGGCCGCCCGGGCACAGGAAGCAAAGCAGGACCCAGCUGUACCCUGAUGAGCAAGCCACGCAACAGUUCUUGAAGGAUUAUUUGAUCAACAAGGGUGGCUUGGAAGACUUGGAUGAGGAUGAGGUUGUAUCUCCUCCGGGUCCAGGGGCACCAGGGCCUGCUGUUCGACACAGCGACACUGGCAGCCUCAAGCACUCCAAAGCUUCUCUUCGGUCGAAGGAAGGACCCGCUGUGGUGAUUCAUGAGUCCAACCCUCCUCCAGCAAGGGAUCCAUUGGAGCUAGAGAAGGAGCGGAUGAUUUUCUUAAAUCAGGUUUGUGGUCCACGGACGCGGCCUGAUGUCCGUGCCUGGGUUGAGAAGAUCUUCUUGGCCCAGGCCGCGCAUGGCAAAGAGAAGAGGAAGCGGAAGAUGCGAGCUAGUAGCGCUGCCUCUGAAAGUGGGAUGAGCGGUCAGACGGGCUACACAGCCUACACUGGCAUCACAGCCACCACAGCUACAGCUCUGACGGCACUGCACACCGUUGGAGGAAGCAUCGCUGGCAGAAGCCACCGUCCCAGAUCGCUGGUGGAAUCGGAUGAGAGUCUCGUGGUCCACCACAGCAAGGGUGAUGAGCCCUUAUCAGUGAAGGAAAGGGUUCAGGCGUUCUUACAGAAUCGUCUUCCUGAACUUGCUGCUCAUGUGGAUGCACAUGUAGCCAAUCUCACUGAAGAAUUGCGGAAGGAGGUGGAUGAAGAAGUCGCUGAACGAUUUCUCAGGACCGCGUCAAAUCGUCGUGUGUUUGACGGACAAGCCAACUUCCUGCGCUGGAAGAAUGUUCGCCACAAGGCACUACAAAAGAGAUUGGAUGCCAACAUGCACAAGUGGAUUCUCGAGGGCAUCGAGGGAUGGGACCAGAGAGCCAUGGAUGCAAGACCCAAAGAAAGCAGCGAAGCAGACUUGGUUUUUGAGUACCUUACGAAGCGUGCAGUCCAUGGUGAAGGGAAGCUGCCUUCCCAAAUACCUGUGAUCAGGAAAAUGAGGUACUCCUACAGCAUGCCUCGCAUGUGGAAAGACAAGUUCAUUUCGCGCUGAGUUUGGAUUAAACCAUAAUCAGAGAGAGGAUGUUGCAUCUUCUUUUUGGUUUCACUCGGACCCUCGCCGUUGUGAGGGAUUUUUGGCCCCCAGAUGGCCACAUAGAGCACUUCGAAGAAGCGCAGAAAUGUAGAGGGAAAGGGUGUAA